AAUCUACAUCAAAAGAUUUAACAAUUCUUAACUCUUCAUUCAACCAAUACUCAGUCCCAUUCCCAUAGUGCUAUAGUUUUAGCCAUGGCCGGUGUAAAGCUUAUAGGAGCCCGUCCAAGCCCGUUCGUGAUCCGGGUUGAAAUUGCCCUCAACCUAAAAUCGAUCGACUAUGAGUUUUCUGAAGAGAUAUACGGUUGCUUUAGCAAGCUUCUCCUGAAAUCGAACCCCGUUCACAAAAAAAUACCGGUUCUCAUUCAUGAUGACAAGGCUAUUUGUGAGUCCCUUAUCAUUGUCCAAUACAUUGAUGAGGUAUGGACGUCUGGUCACUCUAUACUUCCUUCUGAUCCGUAUGAUCGUGCCACUGCACGAUUCUGGGCAGCGUAUAUUGAUGAGAAGUGUUUUUCAUCCCUAAGCGAACUUCGGCUGGCGAAAGGAGAAAACGAGAAAUUAGCAGCAGCAAAUCGCCUUUUUGAAAUGUUGGUCUUGUUAGAAGAAGUCUUUGUCGACAAUUGCAGUACUGAAGGGGGAAAAGGUUUCUUUGGUGGGGAUAAAAUUGGGUACCUUGAUAUAGCACUUGGGGGCUUCUUGGGGUGGCUGAAGGCGGCGGAGAAGCUCGUCAGCAUGAAGCUGCUAGAUGAAAAACGGACGCCGGAGCUGAUGGGGUGGGCUGAGAGAUUUAUUGCAGAUAAUGCAGUGAAGGGUGUUAUUCCAGAGACUGAGGAGCUUUUGGAAUUCGCCAAGAAGUAUCUGCCAAAAGCAUAGGCAUUUUAUUGUCGAAAUAAUCAUUCUCAGAAUUUCUCUAUGUUUAUCUUGUUCAAAAAAAAAAAAUUAAAAGAAUUGCUGUAUUUUUUUUUACUAAGAAUUUCCAAAGUACCAAAAAAAAUGUUGGUUUUAAUAAAUUAU